CAACGUAGUACCGCCGUGGUUCACUGGCAACAUCUCCAUCGACGCCAGCGGACAGGAAGGCUGACUACCCCUCCUGGACAUGAACCCCCACACAGGCGUCUUUGAGUCUGUGGCGACGUACUACGGAGAGAGCGAGAGCCUGGAGUUCACUGGUAACAUCUCGUGGCCAGGAGGAAGACCGCCCAGGGACCAGCCCGUGUGUGGCUUCGACAUGUCUCUGUGUCCCGAGACUCACGGCCCCUGGAGCAUCGUGGCCGGCCUGCUGGCGCUGCUGGUGGUGGUGAUGGCCGUGGGUAGUGUCUUCAUCUACAGGCACUACAAGCUGGAGGCUGACCUGGCCUCCAUGACGUGGAGGAUCUCCUGGGAGGACGUGGAGAUCACAGAGAAGACCAAGAGAGGAAAGUGUGGCUCCAAGAUCUCCAUCGGCAAGAUGAGUGUCAAUACCUACACCUCAGUGGACUCCCUGGUAGACAAUCGGCAGGUGUUUAUUCGAACCGCCACUGGAUGGCGUUCUGCACUGAGCGAACUACGGACUCACGGUAAUCUCAAGUCCAGUAUCCGUGGUGGACUCGCUUGUACUCAGCUGACUGACUUUGACUCCACAGCUUAA